AGCAACCCAAGUGAUAAUUGUUAUCAUGAGCCAUGAAGUUCAAGUUCCAAUUCAAGAUGGGGGUGAUCACGAUAACAACAAUCAGCAUGGGAAGAAGAUGAUGAUGAUGGUGAGAGAUCUCAAUCCCCAUACAAUGCCCAACAACCAUGCAUUGAAGAUCAGCGGUGAUUCUCAUGUCAUCAAGAAAUCUCCUCCGUCUUCAUCGGCCUCCUCGUCGAUCAUAAGUGGCGUGGCGGCCAACGCUACCCCCGCAGCCAGACCACUACCGCGUCAACCGGUCAUCAUCUACACCCACUCCCCAAAGGUAAUCCACACUCACCCUAAAGAUUUCAAGGCGUUGGUUCAAAAGCUCACCGGCCUUUCCCGCUCGCCGGCCCUCGCUGCAGCCGACCGCCGCACUUCCCGUCCUGCUCCUCCUCCGCCUCCGCCGCCGCCUCCUCUCCAUCACCACCCUAAGCCUGAGCCUUGCGAUCAUUAUAUAGUUAAUGGAACAAUUAAUAACAAUAGUGAGAGUAAUAAUAAUAAUAGUAAUAAUAAUAAUUAUAAUUAUUAUAAUUAUACUAAUAGUAAUAAAAAUUAUAAUGAUAAUAAUAAUGUUGAGAUGAUGGCGAAAAUAGGGUUGAUGAGUGAAGAUAAUGACUCCACGUCAGUUGUGACGGACGAAAAAGAAGGAAGCUGUAGCGCGAGUUAUGUUUUUGAGCCGCAAAACAAUAACAGUAACAAUAGUUUUGAUAAUAAUGAAUACAUGAAUAAUAAUAAUAAUAAUAAUAUGGAUUAUUUCCAUCCUACCUCCAUGGAUUUCCUGUGCCCAUCGUCGUACAGUAACUACGUGGAUUCAUUGCUGCUGAUGAGAAGUUCCAUUUCUUCAUUGGAGAGCAUGAAAGACCUUCCAGAUUUUUGAUCCCCUAGCUACCCUUUGUUUUCAAUUUUGAAAUUACUCUUAAUUAGGAUUUCCAUUUUUGUUGUUCUUGUUUUUUUUUACCAUUUUGAUGGCUUGAGAUAGAUAGUCAUUUUUUGUACUUAAUUUAUUGGCUAAAGUGAUUAAUUUG